AAUAGACAACAAAUUGAAGCUGCAGGAUUUUUAUCAAUAGACAUUGAAAAAAAUAGACUUUUUAAAGAUAUAAUGAAGGCAUACUCAUUAUAUUAUUCACUAGAACAGGCUCUACUAAAAACUCGAGUUUAUUUUUAUGAAAACGUAAUAUAUACAAUAACUAACCCAAAUAGUGACUAUUAUAAUAUAAAGUUGGAAGUUAGCGAGAUAGUUGAAGCUAAACUACAUAGAGAAAAUGAAUGGAAAUUUAGUAAAAUAACUAGUAUUAUUAAACAUUUAUAG